UGGACCUCAUACCUGAGAAUCUAAGCAAAAGCUAGACUGCUUCAUGUUACUGCUGUGGCAGGACGCAAGGCAGCCACUUCGUUCUAACUCUUUGUUUCUGUAUCUCUGUUUCUCUUUCUCCGUUUCUCGCCAUCGCACUUCAUAUACGGGUCCUGUUUCUUGUUUUGGGCUGCAUCAGUGUUUCGAAAGUUCUGCUAUUUGUGCAUGAUACAGGAGUAAAGGAAAGAAGGCACGUUCCAGGGAUUUUAAGGAUAAUAGGAUGCGUUUGUGGAAAAUGUUGCAGAUCAAAUAUCAUUCAGUCUUUUUCCCUUUCCUGUUGACAUUGGAAAGCUUUUUUUGUUUUUUCUGAGAUUAUUUAUCUGGAUCAAUGAUAUGUUGUGCUUUCUUUGUAUGCCCUGCAAUGAUGGAUUUAUUCUGUUAGGGUUUUCUUGCAAGGAACUGAAAAGUUUCUAUCCUUCUUGACCAUAAUGGCCACAUUAAUUAAAUCAUUUUUCUGUUGGUUUCUGUAGGAAUAGGGAACAUAAUCAUUGCUAAAUACAGCUGACCAUUUGUUUAAUUUUUGAGAAUUCUACUAGAAACUGGGCACUAAUUUUGUAGUCAAUAAUCACUAUACAACUAAACCCACCUUAUUUACGAUAGAAUUGACAAAAAGAAAUCAAUCGAAUUAAAUUCUUAUAAAAUUCUAGAUUCCAAAUAGAGGAAUAUGAAUUGGAAUGUCAUUUCUUAUCCAAAAUCGAUACAAUGAAAAAAAAAAAAAAAACACUUUGAAUAAAUCUACUACACCCUUACGACAAGGAUUAGCAUCUUAAUUCUUAUGGUUCAUGUAGACUCUUUUAAUUUGCUAGUACUAUAUUUAAUAUGUCAAGUACAAAGGCAUAACUUCUCUUGAAAUACUUAUGUUCAUUGAUACUUUUACAAGAGCUUUAUUUCUUCAUAUUUUUCUUCUACAGAAAUAGACAUUCAAGUGCCAAACUCCCAUGUUAUGAUCACAAAAUUCAGUGCCCAGUUUGGGUCACGUGUUAGUACUUAUGCUUGGAGAUUACAUAUAUAGGGCUAGCACUGUGGUUUACUGGUUUAUAUCUGGCAUCUGGGUCCUAUUUGAUUCUUUUAUCUCAAAUGAGAGCGUGGGACGGUUCUUUUCCAUACAACAGAGAGUUGAUUUUACCUCUCAAAUGGAAUUGCUUAAUCUCCAUAUUCUUCUAGAUUCAUUAUUUUAUUGGAUAGGUUAGGAUAUGCUAGGUCCAGAUUCAAUUCUAAGUAACAUCAAUACUUCUACUUAUUUUGUCAAAAAAUUUUAUUUUAUAACCUGUUUUUGGAAACAUUGCUUCCAUGUUAAUGUAUAUUGAUUCUAAUGUUUUGUGUAGACAGAUUUUUCAUGUUUAGCCCCAUGGAGAAGUCUGACUUUGACCUGGACCUCAUUGGCAUUUCAGGAUUGCCUACUGGAGGAUUUGUCCACCAAAGAUGAAUGAUGACAAAAACACAGAAACAGUGACUAAUUUAAGCCUUGCUCUGGGUUAUUCCAAUCAGUGUAGUCAGAGAAUACUGAACAAUGAUGAUCCAGGUGCAGGUGCAAAUGCAGCUUCAAACAUGACAUAUGUGGCCACCGACCCUCUGUCUGAACUGGUUUGGUCUCCACAGAAAGGUUUGAGUCUUAAAUGUGCUGAUGGUAGCUUCUCCAACAAAAAUACCUAUCUUUCAUGGGGUGUAGGACUUACUAAUAUGGCAAGUGGAUCAAGUUCUGAUAUACCUAUCUCAAAUAUUGACAAACCCAUCGACCAAAAAAAUUUUAUGGCAUCUCUGGCAGCAUGUAAUCUGGGGAGUGAGGUUGCUGGAGGAGAUGAUUCCACUAGAUUUCCUACAAGCAAUGCAGCAACUGGUGACCCAGCUGAGGAAAUGAAAAAUGCAGUGGACAUUUCUUUUCUACAGAUAGAGGAUCCAGGAAAUAAUAAAGGGGAAGUUGAAACAGACAAACCCAAACUGGAUGUGGCACAAAAUAAUCAAACUUGUGAGGAACCUAUUGGUAGAGACACAAGUGUCAGUGAUGGGAAUCAUGCAUUAGGAAUGGAAAUUGUUUUGGCCUCUGAAAUUCGUACUGUGAAAGAAUAUGAAGCUUAUGAUACUAAAAUGCAGAAUGCAGGAGCACAUGAGAAGUCACCUUCAAUUAUAGGGAAAAAACGCAAAAAUAAGAUUGCCAUGAGCCCUCCUGGAAUUUUUCCCUUCGAAAAUUUGGAGUCAACUGCUGAGAAUGAUUUAGAAACUUCACAUGGUGAAAAUGCUUGUGGUCCAACAACUAAUAUUUUAGCAUUGGAAUCUGCCGAUAGAGUUGAAAAUAGCACUCAGCAGGAUGAUGAAUUAGUUCCUACAGACAAGGUUCUUGCAGUUAAACAGUCUCUCACUAAAAGCAGAAUCCAAAGGGAUACAAAAGGCAAGUCUAAGGUUUUAUCUGAUGGAGAUGCAAAUGAAAUGAUGUUAAAUGAGGAGGAUGGGAGCCAUGAGAGUGUUGAAAGCUGUAACAGUGCUGGGCUAUUUUCAACUGGAAAGCGGAGAUGGAACUUUGAGCGACAAUUGAUUGUAGGGAGCAAAAGAGUAAAAAGGCAAAUUCAAGAAAGUCCCAAUUCUUCAUCACUAAUUAAACAAGAUAGCUCAUUCAUGAAUUGGAUCUCAAACAUGAUGAAGGGGUUCUCGAAAUCAAGUGAAGGCGAGGUACCUUCUCUUUCUCCUGCCCUUCCAAAUCCCAGUCAUGGACCUGAGAAUCCUGAUCAGGAUCUUAUCACAAGCAACAGAAACAAAGAUCCUGGGUGCAGAACUAUAGGAUUUCAAUCCAUUUUUCAGUCCUUGUAUUGCCGAAAGACAAAGUGUGAAGAAGCCGUCAUGUUGAAUGUUGAUCAUCCAACAGAAGGAUUGAAAGAACAUGAGCUUGAUAAUAGGAUAUACGAUUUGGAUGCUACUCCAAUAGCUUGUCAGAUGGUGACUGGUAAUGUUUACAAACGGUUUCUGCCAUCAAAUGAUAGGUUCAAUGAGUCUACAUGUGGCAAUCAAGAGAUUCCGGUGGUCCAUUCUAACGAUGUAUCUAUGAGUUUUGCUGCCAUUCAGGAAAACAAUGGGGGUAACUCUACAGUGAACAAACAUUCAUGCAAUUUGGCAACUGGUAAGGAGAGAGAUGGAACAAGCUCCAAUUCUUCUCGGGGUAAACAUAAGACAAACAAUGUUGAGAAAAUUGAUUCUGAACUGCCAUUUGAAGGAAAGACAGCCUGUAAUUUUAAUCACAAAGGUGACCCUUUGGAGAGUUUGUGGAUAGCUCGGUUUACCCCAAAAACUUCUGGUUCUUUGUUGAACCAGGAUCCUUCCAAAAAAAGUACUGGUGAGUCUCUCAACUGCUCUUCUGAUGGCCAGAGGCAGAAACCUGAACUGCAGAGUCCUCUUGGUUCUUUUGAUGAAAAUGAAAAUGAAGAGCUACUGCAUGUGCGAAAUUGUGGUACUGCUACUGAGGCUUCAUUUGGUUCCUAUAAGAUCAAAGGACACCACAAUGAUAAGUCCAUAUAUAAACUUAACCCUAUCUUACCUUCCCCCAGAUUCAAAACUUCAGAGGCAAUGGCUUCUGUCUUUGCAAGGAGAUUGGACGCCCUCAGACACUUCAUGCCAUCAGAUGAACCAGAAAAUGCAGCUUGUGCAACCAUGACCUGCCUUUUUUGUGGCAUAAAGGGUCACCAUUUGCAAGAAUGUUCAGAGAUAACUGAUACUGAGCUUGAAGAUCUUCUGAGAAAUAUCAAUUCAUAUAAUUGGGUAAAUGAACUACCUUGCGUGUGUAUUAGAUGCUUUCAGCUCAAUCAUUGGGCUGUUGCAUGUCCUGAUGCAUUUUCAAGAGUAGGGAAUCAAGCAGAAUAUGAUGCUUCUUUGGUCAACCAAUGUGGUCCUAGCAAAAUGCAGCUUAAUGUAAGCAUUGAAGACAAUCCAAAGCUAAGAGACAUUGCUGCUGGUCCACUUACAGUUUGUGAUAGAAAUGAUUCUGGAAUGGAGAAAGAUCUGAAUUUGACCCAGAAAUGGAAUGUUGAAUUUUUUGGGAAAGAAAUUGCUUCAAGUUCAAGAGAGAAAAAGUUGAAAGAAAACCUAAUGGAGCCAUUAUAUGAACUUGUCAAUGAUGAGAUUUCUGAUGUACCAAAGGGAAUCUUUGAUGCCAUAAGAAGGCUUCAUUUGUUGCGAACAGAUAUUCUCAAAUGGACAAACUCCCACAUGCCACUCUCACGUCUUGAUGGGUUUUUCCUGCGCGUGCGGCUUGGGAAGUGGCAAGAGGGCCUUGGGGGAACUGGAUACUAUGUAGCUUGCAUUACUGGAGCACAAGUGGAGAGUUCACCGCAAAAUUCCAAAAAAUCUAUUGCUGUCAAUGUAGGUGGGAUCAAAUGUCUUGUUGAAACUCAACACGUCUCCAACCAUGAUUUCCUUGAGGAUGAGCUCGUGGCAUGGUGGUCUGCUACCUCAAGGAGUGGUGGCAAUUUGCCUUCCAAAGAAGAGUUGAGGUUGAAAGCUGAAGAGAAGAAAAUGUUGGGCUUUUAGCUGAAGAGAAGAAAAUGUGAGGCUUUUAGGCAUAAAUCAAUUGCAGAUGAUAGUUCUGUAGUUUGGAGUUCACUGCUUACACAAAUGGUGCUGAUUGUCCAAUUUGUGGCAAUAAUCCAGAAACGGUGGAACAUAUGAUGUUCUGGUGUAAUCAUGCUCAUGCUACAUGGCUAUCUAGCCCAUGCAAUUACAGACCAAAUUCUAUUGGAUUUUCCUCUUUUGCCCAAUAGUGGACGGAUUUGUUGCAGGAAUUCCAUGUAGAUAAUGAUUCUUUGAUGCUGAUAGCUAUAACCUGUUGGAUUAUAUGGAAGGAACACAAGAAGGCAGUGUUUGAACAUAGCACUCCUGAUCCUAUUGCAGUUGCUUGUGGUAUAAGCUUCAGUUUUUCUGAACUGGUUGAAGUUUUGGAGAAUCGUAAUGAGCUUGAUGAAUGAUCAUCACAGUCCCUCCCCCACUGAGUGGUCUCCUCAGCUUGGAUUCCUAAAGUUUAAUAGCGAUACAGCUUUGAAGGAAAACUGUGAGUUUGCAGUUGCAGCAGUGGUGGUUAGGAACUACAAGGGAGAUAUCAUUGACAGCCUAGCCCGCACAUCCAAGCUACUACUCCAUUAGUGGGCGAGGCACUAGCCCUCCCUGAAGCUCUUAAAUUAGGGAGCUCAGUCUAUUCGGCAUGAGAUAGAUUGUUCUGUUUUGUAUCAAGCAAUCCAAGAUUCAGUGUGGAGUGUAAGCUGGAGAAUUAGUGCAACAAUUCGGCAAUUAAAGCUGUGUUCUCGUUUUCAUGCAGUCUCCUUUUCUUUAGUUAAGAGAUCUGCAAACAAGGCUGCAGAUUUUGUCGCAAAAAAUUCCCUUGCUGGUCAUAUCGAUUGUCCUCAACAAUUGUGGAAUAUUUUGUAGUCUGAUGCUCACAGGGCUGAUUAACGCAAAUCCCUUUAUUUUUCUUU